GCAGGGUCUGUCUGUAUGAUAUAAAUAUAGACAGCCCAGCCUCCUCCCAUUUCCUCUAACUUCCCAUGAAUAAUUACUGUGAUUAUUACUCCUUAGUAUCAAAAAUGAAGUUCACCCUCCUCCCCACUCUAACCACUACCACCCUCCUCCUCUUCCUCCCAACAGCAUACACCUCCUCCUUAGAAACCCUCCGUUACAAAAACUGGGACCUCCGCCUCUUCUCACCAGGCUGCGACCCCAACACCACCAGCUUCGAGCUAUCACUCUUCCACCGGCAAGGCGUCUCAGGCACAGCAGAUGGGUGCCAGACCCUCGAUUCCAGCGUGAAUGUGUCCGCGGUGGACACCUUCUCGUGGAAGAGUCCCGGCGCGACGACAUACGAUUUAUGUCUGUAUGAUGUAUGUGAAAGUAGUGGGCAUGGCACUGGAAGGGUAGAGGUGAUUCGCGAUGGGUGGGAGGUUUGUGUUAAGUAUUGGGGGUGGAUGGGGUGGAGGGUUGUGGAGCAUUGGGGGGAUUGUUGAUCUCUCUAUUCAGACUUCAGUAGAUGGUUGAUGCGUGAUGGUGAUGUUUGAGAUGAGAUGAGAUGAAUAUGUACUAGAUAUACUAAAUAUGAAUAUGGUAUAUAUAUACAGAGCGGAGAUUGUCACGACUAGUCAAAUUAGAUUAAUU